GUAGGGAGAUAGAAAAGACAUGAUAGGAUAGAAAUGCAAUUGCAUUGAUUGGCGGAUUUCAAAUGAGUUGCGCACCAUUCAAACAAAGUAUAGUCGUGACUAUUUUUUUUUAUCAGAUUGCUUUUUUCGUAGCAACACUGUUUAUCGAUCAAUGCUAAGCAUUAUAAACUCAUUACGUCAGUGAAGCACUUUGAAGCAACUAGAAUGACCCAUAAUUUCAAAUCAUAAAAUGUAUAUUUCUAUUUUACUCGACAAUGGGUAAUUCAUUGAAGCAAAAACUAACCUGCAUCCUUCCGAUCAAACUUUGAGCCAAUAAAAUCAAACAGUAUAAAUUCAUUUACUAUAAAUGGAUAUCUAUAGAGUUCAAGAUAAUCUAAAGUGCACUUUUUUUCUUUUCACUUCCAUCACUUUUCUUCGUUAUGUCCAUUGGCUAUUCUCCCCCUGCUCCUGGAUCUAAGAUCAUCAUUGUAGGUGGUGGCUGCUUUGGUAUCUCUACUGCUUAUGCACUUGCACUUAAAAACCAAUAUGAAAUCUAUGUGUUUGAUCGCAACGAAAUUCCUUCCCCUGAUGCAGCCUCAUGCGACAUCAAUAAAAUCGUACGUAUGGAUUAUGCCAACGACACCCUUUAUAUGCAUCUCAUGAUGGAAGCAUUUACUAUCUGGGAUGAAUGGAAUAAAGAACGUCAAGAGCAAAAAUUAGAUCCUGUGUACCAUAAUGUAGGUGUCCUUUUGUUCAGUGACAAAGACAAGAUGGGUAAAUUUGAAAACGACUGUUUAAAGAACAUUCGUGAAGCUGGGUAUGGUCAUCUUGUAGAGGAAUUCACAAGCCCAGAACAAAUCAUUCAGCGUUUCCCCUUAUUUAAGCAAGCUGUUGAGAAUGGAUUUAAUACAGCUUAUUUCAAUAAAGCAGGAGGCUGGUGCAAUUCUUCAGAAGCUGUGAAGCAUCUCUACAACAAAUGCGUUCAACUUGGCGUCAAAUUCGUGGUGGGCAAUGAAGGCUGUUUACAGGAAUUAGUGAGAGAUCCUAAGCAGCCUCAAACGGUCAUUGGUAUCAAGACACAAGAUGAUAUCACUCACUAUGGUGACCUUGUCAUUUUAACAACAGGCUCAUGGACUGCUAGUUUAGUGGAUAUGUAUCAGCAAGUAACAGCUACUGGACAACAAGUGAUUCAAUUUAAGCCUCCUCAACAUCUUCUCAAAUCCUGGGAAAAUAUGCCUGUCUGGUGUGGUAACUUAUCCAACACAGGCUAUUAUGGAUUUCCUCCUAAUGCAGAUGGAAAAAUGAAAGUUGGCAAACACCAUAGCGGUUACUUGAAUCCUUGUUUAAAAGACGGUGUCUCUUUUCCUCGAACCCAAGUGACUCAUGCACAAGAUACAAUUCCUAUUGGUGCUCUUCAUGGUUUUCGAAAGUUUUUGAACAAAUUUCUUCCAGAAACCUCCAAAUUAAAUAUCUCGCAUGCUCGCGUAUGUUGGUAUUCGGAUUCCAUUGAUGGUGAUUUUGUUAUUGGUCCUCAUCCAGAUUAUAAAAAUCUUAUUGUGGCCACAGGAGAUUCUGGACACGGAUUAAAGUUUAUUCCCGUCUUGGGUUUCAAGAUUAGGGAGAUCAUUGAAGGUAAAGAUACAGACUAUGCCCGUGCAUGGAAAUGGAGAAACAUGCAGACCCAAGAUACCAAACUAGAUGGUCUUCGGGCUGAUGCUUUGUUACAAAGAUUGGUGUUAUGUGAGCCCAACAAUAAGGAAGCCAGAAUGGCAACAUUAGAAGAAUUCAAAGUUGAUCCCAGAGCUAAACUUUAAUUUCUUUACCUUAAUAAAAAAAAGUUCAUAUAAAAAGAGAGAAAAAAA